ACGAGGGAGCGCAAUACGGUACAUCCCUCAGAAACUACGAACGAAUUUCAAGAACCUAAAAACGGAUUGUAAUUGAAACACACUCCUACAAGAAGACGCUCCGAUUAUUUUUACACAAGGAAACCUUUAAUAAGUCAACAAAGGAAAUCAAAGAAGACACUACCGUGAGAGUUUUUUUUUAAGUCCGAACACCUCGUAACGAGAACAAUACCCUUUAGACGUACUUGUACAGUGCUUUAUGUAUCUAGAUUUGUUAUUUUCAACGCGUUGCCCUACUAUGGUCAUAAUGGACGUUCCGAGUAUCGAUUGUACCUCCCUCCGGGGUCUCUUGGAGGGGGAAGACCCAGGCUGCCUAGUCUUGGACUGUCGCUCUUUCUUUUCCUUUAAUUCCUCUCAUAUCCACGGGUCAACUAACGUACGGUUUAGCACAAUAGUACGCCGACGAGCGAGGGGCGGAUUGGGAUUGGAGCACAUUGUUCCAAACGAGGAUACAAGGAAUCGACUUCUUUCUGGCGAUUACCAGACCGUGGUGUUCCUUGAUGAUCGCAGCUUGGAUUUAGGCCAAGCUAAGAAAGACGGAACUUUGAUGCUUGCCGUCUCAGCGUUGUGUCGAAACCCGUGUGGUGCCAGUGUGUUUUUUCUGAAAGGUGGCUUUGACAAAUUUUCUUCAGAAUAUCCUGAGAUGUGUACCAAGCCAGCGGCUCCACAAGGUUUAUGUUUGCCCCUAAGCGCCAACAGCCAGUCAGACAGCACAGAAUCCGGCUGUAAUUCGUGCACUACCCCACUUUACGAUCAGGGUGGCCCAGUAGAAAUCUUGCCUUUCUUGUACCUUGGCAGUGCUUACCAUGCCUCCAGAAAAGACAUGCUGGACAUGCUGGGCAUCACAGCACUCAUCAAUGUCUCAGCAAACUGUCCAAACCAUUUUGAGGACCACUAUCAAUACAAGAGUAUCCCUGUUGAAGAUAAUCACAAAGCUGAUAUAAGCUCCUGGUUUAAUGAGGCCAUUGAAUUUAUUGACUCGGUACGGAACAAAGGGGGACGGGUCUUCGUUCACUGUCAGGCUGGCAUCUCUCGCUCUGCUACCAUCUGCCUGGCCUAUUUAAUGCGCACCAACCGGGUCAAGCUAGAAGAAGCGUUUGAGUUUGUCAAACAGCGUCGCAGCAUCAUUUCCCCCAACUUCAGCUUCAUGGGACAGCUUCUGCAGUUUGAAUCUCAGGUGCUAGCCUCCUCUACAUGCUCUUCAGAGGCAGGGAGUCCUGCUAUCAGCAAAAACAGCACAGUGUUCAACUUCCCAGUUUCUAUCCCUGUCCACUCUACCGCCAGUCCACUGUCUUUCCUACAUAGUCCCAUUACCACUUCACCAACCUGCUGAGAGCACCACAGGAACUGACUUGUUAUGCCACCUCUAAACCUCACAAGGGUGGGGUGUUUGGGAACAAAAGAUCCUCAAAAGUAUUGUAUGUUUCGUGUUGGACAAUAGGUAGACUUUGAAACCUGUUGGGUUUCUCUGCUACAGACAUAACAGUAUUGGUAGACGAAAAUGGCUGUUCUAUGCUAGCCUUGGUCUUUCAGACCUGUGAAUACACUGCCUCUGACAACAUUGUUGACAAAACUGAAGGAAAAGUGGGUAAUAUGAAUAGAUUGCAUUUGUAGAAGCCAAGCGUGGGUGUUCAUCCAUUGUGGUCUUCUCUAAUGAGCAUUGUUGCUUCAGAUAAUCGUUUUGUUUUCAGUUUUCUUUCAUAUUGGCACAGGAGACUGCCCCAAGUCUUUCAUCUGAUAUUUACUCAGGAAUGAUAUUUUUAAUGGUUAUUUUUCUUGUUUUACAUGGUUCAUCUGAGGGGACCACGCAUUUCAUGGCUUUAGGAUGUUUGUUCGGUUAAUGUGACCUUUUGGUCUCUUGUGUUGAACAAUGAAUGUACUUAACAUCUCUGACUAGAUAAUAAUCGAUGUGAAUUGGAAGAUCAUGCCAAUAAUUGCCUUUCAAAAUUCUCACCCCAGGGGGAGGUUUUGUU